AUGUUGCAGCGCUUGGGUCCGCCAUGGCGCGGGCUCCGCGGGCGCGGCUUUGCCGCGUCCAUGCGCGCAGUGCUGUGGCAUGGAGAUCCCGACCCGGCCAAGAUGAAGGUGGAAAGUAUCCAGAAACCUAGCCCAAAAAAGGGUGAGGUACUUGUUAAGGUGCGUGCAUGUGGAGUUUGCCACACAGAUCUCCAUUGCAUCAAGAAGCACUUGCCCUUUCCAUCCCCUGCGGUCUUCGGCCACGAAAUCAGUGGCACCGUGGUGGAGCAUGGCGAUGGAGUGAACACCAGCAGGCUACCUCUGGGAGGAAGAGUGGCCUGCACUUUCAUCAUGCCCUGUGGCUCAUGCUUUCACUGCAAGCGAGGUGAAGAGGAUACGUGUGCGCCCUUUUUCGCUUUGAAUCGCUUGAAGGGCCAGCUCUACGACGGAAGCACCCGUCUCUACGACGCGGAAACGGGGACCGAGCCCAUCGCGAUGUAUUCCUUCGCGGGGCUCGCGGAGUACGCCGUGGUGCCGGAGACGGCGGCGUUUCUGCUGCCGCCGCUGUUGGCGAAGAAGAACUUCGCAGAAUCUUCCUUGCUGGGCUGUGCUUUCUUCACAGCGAUGGGGGCCAUUCGCAACGCUGCGGAUCUUCGCGGUGGCCAGAGUUUGGUGAUCAUCGGUGCCGGGGGUGUUGGACAAGGUAUUGUCCAACUGGCGAAACAUUUGGGCGCUGGCCCCAUCAUCGCUGUGGACAUCAGUCCGAAGGCCUUAGACCUGGCGAAGAGUUUCGGCGCCGAUCAUUGCGUGGACGCCAGCAAGGAAGACGUGCUAGAACGGAUCGCAGCUGCUACCGAAGGAUACAAGGCGGAUGUGUGUAUCGAGGUGAUUGGCUCCAAGGCCACGUUUGAACAGGCGGUGAUGGCGGUGCGCGACGGCGGCCGCGCCUGCUACGUGGGCAUCGCCUCGGCCACCACCAGGGCGGAAGUACCGAUCACCCAUUUGGUGCGGCGGCGCAUCAGUUUGGUGGGUUCCUAUGGUGCGAGAGCUUCCAAAGACAUGCCCGAGUUGCUGCAGAUCGCUGCAGAUGGUGGCGUCGAUCUGAAAUCCGCGGUGACGCGGCGCUUCAGUAUGGAGGAGGCGGCGCAAGCCUAUAGUCUGUUGGAUCAGGGCCAGAUCGCUGGACGCGCUUUGAUUGACAUGGGCGAAUGA